AUGGCACUGCGCGAACUGCCAUUCCGGACCGCCGCGGUCAUUCGGAACAGCACCAGACCCGCCAUCCGCGCAGCCGCUCCCCUGUGCCACCGCAAUGCCUCAACCGAAGCAGUCCGCGAAAUUGAGGAUGCAUCAUCACUCGAGAUCCCGGCGCCAUCGCAGGAACUCGCAAAGAACUACGACCCCGUAGCAAGGAGUAGACUGCGGAGACGAGGAAACAAGCAGCUGCCACCAAGCAGAUACCAAUACCGUUCGCCCAAAUACUACCGGGGGCCUCUUCACCCUCAUCAACCGCCUCCAGAGUCUGACCCCUCUUCGCGACUCUUCCAACCCGGACCCUUUAGUCUCUCCCGCCUCGAGCAAACAUAUCAGAGCAAGAUCGCAUCCGACCUGCUCACCCUCACAUACCAGCACUAUCCCCCAGGAUACCGGGCUCCCAAAACAGAUCAAAGACUGCGAGAAUGGACUGGUGACUCUCCAUACUUCAAAAACCGUCCCCUAAGGCCCCCACGAGGUAAGGGUGAGGUACUUCGGCUGCUCCAAGAGCCCCGCACUUUCCGUAAUGUUCCCAAGAUCACAGGCGUCACAGUUCAUUCCAUGGUACCAGAAGCCCAAGAGAACAGUGGAAAUCUGCACGUUGCGGGUAUGAUUCUACAAGCCAUUAGUAAUGUACGAGCUACAUCCCACAAGGCAAAGCACAAUGUCGUUGGGUGGGGGUUGCGUGCGGGCAGAUAUGUCUCCGUGACAGCCAAAAUGGAGCGGGAAGAUGCCGAGCACUUUUUGGCAAAGCUCAUCGAUGUGGUCCUGCCGAGAAUCAAGGAGUGGAAGGGUGUUCCAGGUUCGUCUGGAGACGGACACGGUAACAUGAGCUUUGGUCUUACCCCAGACCAGCUCGCUCUCUUCCCGGAAAUUGAGGUCAACUAUGAUGCGUACCCGCCUAAGAUGAUUCCUGGCUGCCACAUCACCAUCCAAACAGAUGCCACCAACAACAAGGACGCACGUUUACUUCUCCAGGCCAUCGGAAUCCCAUUCUACGGCAAGCUCAAUGACUAA